AUGCUCUAUGGAAGAGCCGCCGGCCGGGCUCUACGACAGCCAUCGGCCAGCUCUGCUUCUUCACCAUCGUUACCAUCUUCUCUGAGCACGCGACUCUCCUCCUCCCGAUCUCGGCUCUACUCGACCACCCGAAGACCACUCAUUUCGAACUUAUCGCGACGGAACUGCUCUGUCCAGACGCUUUCCAGCGAGACAACUUCGAUACAGCCAUGGUCUUUAUAUUCUCCUCCGUUCCGGUUACAUUCCCGGACUUUCACUUCCACUUCAAUUCGCUUAAAAGAAAAGAUUCCCGAACAAGCCGAGGAAGUGGUGGAGGAAGAAAAGCCGAUAAAGGAGGAACCCGAAGAACGACAGGCUGCAAAGAAGUCUAAUUCCGGUUCCAAAGAUAAUUCAUCAAGCAAUCCGAAGGGAGCGGCCGGCAGCAGUGGUGCAUCUCCACCAGAUGGAUCCGAACCGCCAUCUGCCACCCCACCAAGUGGGAAUACCCCGCCAGCUAAGAAGCCGAACCUUCUUUCUAAGCCUCAAGUUCCUGAGAUAUACCCUCAAGUUAUGGCUAUACCCAUUGCCAAACGACCUUUGUUCCCAGGUUUCUACAAGGCCGUCACAAUACGCGAUCCAGCUGUCACCUCUGCUAUACAGGAGAUGUUGAAGCGUGGACAACCCUAUGUCGGUGUAUUCCUCUUCAGAGAUGAGAAUAUGGAUGCAGAUACAAUUUCAUCCGUGGACGAAGUUCAUGAUGUUGGAGUUUUUGCACAGAUUACUAGUGUAUUCCCGGUUACUGGCGAGGAACAUAGUCUUACAGCAGUUUUAUACCCACACCGUAGGAUAAAGCUUCAAAGAUUGGUACCACCAAAGGAUAAGGCGCAACCAGCAUCGGCAACAAUCACAGAAAUUGAAUCAAAAACAACACCUACCAGCGGUCUUGAAGAAGACCCUGCAACGUCUCAAGCUACUACUCCGCCAAAGGAUGCAGAAUCAACUGAACCACAGGGCGACGUUGUCGCGUCCUUUGAGGAGACUAUUGCGGAGAUCGAACAACAAAAGCCAUCGCCAUCUACUUCACCAACUUUCGCCACCGCUUUCCUUCAAAAGUAUAAUGUCUCUCUUGUCGAUGUCGAAAACCUCACUGAGCUACCUCAUGAUAAAAAGAGUCCAGUAAUCAAGGCUGUUACAUCCGAAAUUGUUAGUGUCUUCAAAGACAUCGCCAACAUGAACCCAUUGUUCCGUGACCAAAUCUCUACAUUCCAGAUGUCACAUUCCGCCGGGAAUGUCAUCGAAGAGCCUGCUAAACUCGCUGAUUUCGCGGCAGCGGUAGCUUCAGCGGAAGUUAAGGAGCUCCAAGAAGUUCUCGAAACAUUGGAUGUGGAAGAUCGGCUACACAAAUCGCUCGUAGUUCUCAAGAAGGAACUCAUGAACGCUGAGCUGCAAAGCAAGAUUGCCAAAGAUGUGGAACAAAAGAUUCAGAAACGACAGAGGGAAUACUGGCUUAUGGAACAAAUGAAAGGGAUCCGCCGUGAGCUAGGCAUUGAGAGCGACGGGAAGGAUAAGCUAAUUGAAAAAUUCAAGGAGAAGGCGUCGAAGCUUGCCAUGCCAGAGGCGGUGAAGAAAGUUUUUGAUGAAGAGCUUAACAAACUUACGCAUCUAGAGGCCGUCGCAUCGGAGUUCAACGUUACAAGAAACUACCUAGACUGGCUCACUCAAAUCCCAUGGGGCCAACGGAGUGCAGAGAACUACUCGAUAAAAAAUGCGAUGAAGGUCUUGGAUGAGGACCACCACGGACUGAAAGACGUAAAAGAUCGCAUUUUGGAGUUUAUCGCGGUAGGCAAGCUAAGAGGCGGGGUUGAAGGAAAGAUUUUGUGCUUCGUAGGCCCACCUGGUGUCGGAAAGACCUCUAUCGGAAAAUCAAUUGCCAGGGCAGUGCAAAGAGAAUUUUAUCGAUUCAGUGUUGGUGGACUUACGGAUGUAGCAGAGAUUAAGGGACACAGGAGGACAUACGUCGGUGCCUUACCCGGAAGAAUCAUUCAGGCUUUGAAAAAGUGCCAGACGGAGAACCCGUUGAUAUUAAUUGAUGAGGUUGACAAGAUUGGACGAGGACAUCAAGGCGACCCGGCGUCCGCGUUGUUGGAAUUGCUCGAUCCGGAGCAGAACAAUGCAUUCCUAGACCAUUACAUGGAUGUCCCUGUCGACCUAAGCAAAGUAUUGUUCGUGUGCACGGCGAACAUGUCGGAUACGAUUCCUAGGCCACUGUUGGACCGUAUGGAAAUGAUUGAACUGAGCGGUUAUGUCGCGGAUGAGAAGAUGGCAAUCGCAGAGAGGUAUCUAGCUCCACAGGCGAAGACCUUGAGUGGAUUGGAUAAAGUCGAUGUGGACUUGACAAAAGAGGCCAUCGAGGAGUUGAUUAAAAGCUACUGUCGGGAGAGUGGUGUGAGGAACCUUAAGAAACAUAUCGAAAAAGUGUACCGAAAAGCAGCUCUCAAGAUAGUACAAGACAUCGGUGAAGAAGAGCUGCCAGAAGAAAAGCCCUUGACAGAAGAAGGAAAAAAAGCGCAGGAAGAAACCGCUGAGAAAGCCGAGGAGAUUGCGGAUCCUCAAUUCGACGCAAAACCGGCUACGACGGAAAUCCCACGGGCAGCACUCGAAGUUCCCGAAACUGUGCAUGUUGCCAUCAACAAGGAAAACCUGAAAGACUAUGUUGGCCCACCAGUCUAUACUAGCGAUCGACUCUAUGAGACCACUCCACCGGGUGUCACAAUGGGUUUAGCAUGGACACAACUAGGUGGCUCGGCACUUUACGUCGAAAGCAUACUCGAAUCCGCCCUCGAUUCGGACUCUCGGCCUGGGCUAGAACGUACUGGAAAUCUGCAAAAUGUUAUGAAAGAAUCGACCGCAAUCGCAUACUCAUUCGCUAAAUCAUUCAUGGUAAAGAAGUUUCCAGAAAACAAGUUUUUGGAAAAAGCAAGAGUGCACCUGCAUUGCCCUGAGGGUGCAGUGCCCAAGGAUGGCCCAUCGGCUGGUAUCACAAUGGCGACAAGCUUGUUAAGUUUGGCACUGGAUACGCCAGUUAGCCCAACAGCCGCCAUGACCGGUGAGUUGACUGUUACCGGAAAGGUGUUGAGGAUAGGAGGAUUAAGAGAAAAGACGGUGGCUGCAAAGAGGAGCGGGGCCUCUACGGUGGUUUUCCCUGCAGAUAACAUGUCGGAUUGGUUGGAGCUGCCAGAGAAUAUUAAAGAAGGCAUUGAAGGCCGACCUGUCAGCUGGUAUUCUGAGGUGUUUGAUAUUAUCUUCCCCGGCAUCGACACCACAAGGGCUAGCAAUCUCUGGAAAGAGCAGUUGAAGAAGAAGCCCAGGGGAGCAUCUGGCGAGGAACCGGAUUCCUUGGAAGUCGAUAUGGAUGAGACUGAAGUCAAUGAAAGCCGGAUCAUCGGCCGCUCUCGGUUUGUAUAA